AUGUUUGUUCUUCCUCCUCCGCCGCCGCGAUACUCGAUACCCGUCGCUUAUGCGGCGGGUGCCGCCAAUGGCAUGGCUGUGCCUAUCAUCGAAACAAAUAACGUCAUUAAACAUCCUGAAGGCGGUUGCCCACUUCAAGUCGGAGAGGGAACGUAUGAGCUUGUCGACGACUUACACCUAGCAACGCCUCCACCACACCCCUCCGAAGCCCCGAUUGUGAAUCCCAAUCCCCUCGCAACCGUUCCAACCCCUCCUACCUCCGGUGUGAAGAUGUCUCUCGUCAUCACUAGCAACAACAAGAGCCCUCCAAAUCUAUACAGUUCUAGCGCUUCCGCAUUCGAUCUAAGAAGUAUCAAAGAAAGCGAAAAAGAAGGUAGACGAUCAGAAAGUGAAAGUUGGAGCUAUGUUUCCGCACCGGCUUUUGGAGAGGGUAAUCCGGCAUUGAUGAUUGCGCCUGUAAAAGACGGAUUAAAACGAAGGAAACCCAAGAACAAUAUCGUUAAAAGUAGCUCAUCAUUUGUCUCGCGAGUUAUUACGCAUGAAUCUUGUACCAAGCGGUUGGCAGAUAGGAAUCCUGAUGGACUUUUUGCGUUCGCCAAUAUCAACAGGGCAUACCAAUGGCUCGACCUCAGUUCUCCGAAUAAAGAGGAGCCCAUUGCGAAGAUCCUUUUCACCAAAGCACAUAUGCUAUGUCACGAUGUGAACGAGUUGUCCAAGUCGCCUUCACAUGUCGACAUUGUGAUGGGAUCGUCUGCUGGUGACAUUAUCUGGUACGAGCCUAUGUCCGCAAAAUAUGCUCGAAUCAACAAGAAUGGCGCGGUCAACAAUUCCGCAGUUACGCAUAUCAAAUGGAUACCGGGGUCCGAGAAUCUAUUUCUUGCUGCACAUGCAAAUGGUCAACUAGUUGUUUAUGACAAAGAGAAAGACGAUGCACUUUUCACGCCAGAAGUUGAAGACGGCGGCGCAUCUUCAAGUAAGGCGUUGCAGAUUUUGAAGUCGGUGAACUCGAAGAAUCAAAAGACGAAUCCAGUUGCUGUAUGGAGGUUGUCGCAUCAACGCAUCAAUUCGUUUGCUUUUUCGCCUGAUAAACAACAUUUGGCCGUGGUGCUUGAAGAUGGCACGUUGCGAGUGUUGGAUUAUCUCAAAGAGGAGGUCACGGAUAUUUUCGCAAGCUACUACGGCGGCAUGAUAUGCGUCUGCUGGUCUCCAGACGGUAAAUACAUAGUCAGCGGCGGACAAGACGACCUCGUAACAAUCUGGUCCCUAGCAGAACGAAAGAUCGUUGCUCGAUGCCAAGGUCACAACUCCUGGGUCUCUGCCGUUGCAUUUGAUCCCUGGAGAUGCGACGAGCGAAACUAUCGAUUUGGCAGUGUCGGUGAUGAUUGCAGGUUACUCCUUUGGGAUUUCAAUGUUGGCAUGCUUCAUCGUCCAAAAGCACUACAAGCAAACGCCCGUCAUCGCAACAGUAUCACAACCGGAGCCCAUCAACUUAGCCGCCAUCGAACAGACAGCUUCAGUAACCGCAAGAGAUCCGAUUCGAAUAGAACGGAGAAACCACUUGAUGACGAGGUGGAUAAUCUUCGUCAUCCGGUUGAAUCUCGAACACUGACUGCAUUGCUCCCUCCUAUUAUGUCCAAAGAAGUAGGCUCAGAUCCAAUAUCCUGGCUAGGAUUCCAGGAAGAUUUCAUAUUCACAUCUUCACUAGAAGGCCACAUCCGCACCUGGACCCGACCACGAGAAGGCGUCACAAACGAGUCUCGCGCAGAUCUUUCAUCGACCAUGUCGGCGACUGGUUCUGGCGCUACAGCAGAACACAGCUAA